AUGUUUAUACUUACAGUAUUUACGGUGAUACUUCUUAGCUCUGGGGUAUGGGCAAAACCGCAUGUCCAUAUUCUUCGCGUCGCAAAUCAAGAGCGGGGUAUACUCACAUUGGGUUUUAAUCCCUCUGAACCUAGCAACAGAAGUAUUCAACUAGUUGGUACUACCGAGGCAGGAUAUCAACCAGGAUGGUUAUAUACUAGGGGAGAAUACCUGUACUCUGUCUCGAGAACACACUUCCCUGACAAUUCGUCUACGAGUGGCGGUAUCUUCGCAUUCAAAAAGCUGCCUAAUGGAUUUCUUGAGCUAUCCGAUGCAGUAGCAUCCCGCGGCGAUGGUGGAGUCUAUCUUGACAUUUCAAGAGAUGGAAAAACGUUAUCGUCAGCCAAUAUUGACGGCUCUACAGUUUCUGUGCUCCCACUGACCUCUCCUGGCAACUUUGGUCACGAUGCAAGCGUCUUUCAUUAUAACCUCAAGCAUCCUGGCCCCGGAACUGGAGAUUCGCAGGAGAUUGCGAACCCACAUGCGGCCAUCUUCAGCCCAAGCGGAAAUAUUAUGGCUGUUCCUGACCGAGGUGCGGAUCGUGUUUACAUAUAUCAGGCCCACGAUGCGAAACAUGUGGAACAGAUUCGGACCAUUACACUGUUACCGGGAACUGGACCGCGUCACAUUGUCUUUUCUCAAGUCAGCAAAGAGAAGACAAUCAUGUUUUUGGUUUCAGAGCUCGACAACACUGUUAAUGUCUUCUCACUUGAAAACGGCACCUUUGAGAGCAUCUACUCUGAAUGGUUCAAGCAAUCGUACAAAGCCUAA